AUGAGCGCGACCGUCACUACCUCAUCCUUCUCGUUGCCCCCGUCGUUACAAAGAUAUCAGUGUAACCGAUGUGUUUUUCGCGACAAUGACAACCGUCAACAGCUCGUGUCUUCGUCGGGACGGCGAUUGCAAAAAUCAUCGGUGUCGACGUCCGUAUCUUCUUCCUUGGAAGGAGACAAAACGAUUGUCAUCAUCGGAGGCACCGGUCGAGUCGGUUCGAGCUCUGCGAAUGCGAUUCAGAAAGCUCUCUCCGAAUCCUCCUCGUCUUCGAAAAUAGUUCUAGCCUCUAGAAACAAAGAGUCGUUCGAGGAAACAGUUUCGAGAUAUCCUGGAUUACGGUCUAAAACGACGACGUUCCGGGAAGUGGACGUCUCCGAUAUCCAAUCCAUCGAAAGUGCCAUUAAAGGCGCUGACUUAGUCAUCAACACCGCGGGACCGUUCCAAACAGUGAAGACGUGCAACGUUUUAGAGGCGUGCAUCAACGUGAGCGUACCAAACUACUUGGACGUGUGCGACGACGGGUCGUACGCGAAAAACGCGAAGAGUUUGGACAGCAAAGCAAAGGCGAGUAAAGUCACCGCAAUCACGAGCGGUGGCAUCUACCCGGGCGUCUCGAAUAUCAUGGCUGCGAAAGCGAUCGAGAACCAACUGAGGGAUGCCAAGAUUGCCCGGGAGAGAAACGACCAAGACGAAGCAGCAGAAUCAUCGUCCUCAUCGCAAGAAGAGAAAGACAAAAUCGAGUACUUAUUGUAUAACUAUUUCACCGCCGGCUCCGGUGGCGUAGGCAGCACGAUAUUAGCAACCAGUUUCCUCUUGUGCGGCGAAGAGGUCACGAUAUACGAAAACGGGAACGAAGUUCGAAUGGAAGCGGCGAGUUCGCGGAAAGUUGUCGAUUUCGGUAAAGGCGUUGGAAAACGCGAAAUUUUCCUCUACAACUUGCCCGAAGUUGAAAGCACACACAAAAUAUUCAACGUGCCGACCAUCAAAGCUCGUUUUGGAACGAGUCCUGGAAUUUGGAACACGGCCAUGGUCGCCAUGGCUCGAUUAUUACCGUCUGAUGUUUUAAAAAACAAGGAGUUGAUCCAACAAGUCGCUUCGGCGUUGAUGCCUCUGGUGAAACUCGUCGACGCCGCGGUUGGAGAGAAGAUGAGCAUAAAGAUCGACUGUAAACUGAAAGACGGUAAGAUUAGCACGAGUUUAUUCACGCACAACAAGCUGAGCGAGUGCGUCGGUCAAAGCGUCGCCGCGUUCGCAUUGGCCAUGUUGGAAGGAGAGAGUUCCUACGGCGUCUGGUACCCGGAAGAAACCUCGACUUUUCUGGACCAAGACCUCCUUCUCGCGAGAGCGUCCGAAGGCGCCAGUCAGUUUCAGUUGAGCCAAGCGCCUUGGAAGUUGGAGAGUCAACCUAUAAACCUCGGGUUUGGCAUUUCCCUUGAAUAA